CUCGUCCACACACUCCACCCCCUUCCCUUCCUACCUUCUUCGCUCCCUCCCACAAUCGCUCACUCUUAUAUUCAGUCGCGGCAGAGUUCGGGUUGGGAUAACGGUGUUAUCUGGGAAUGAUGCCGGCGGUUGGAGCCGUGGGAGUCGGACUGCUCUGCGCGCUGCUUGUCGCCCUCAUGCCGGGUGGCAUGUCGGACUUGGUGACUCUGGUGCAGGACUCGGUCCGACCCGAAUCGUCACUGCUGAUGCCAAAAGUCAUGAUCGCCAUUCUGGCUCGCAACGCAGCGCACAGCCUGCCGCACUACCUGGGCUGCAUCGACAGGCUAGACUAUCCGAAGGAGCGGAUAGCUAUCUGGGCAGCGACAGACCACAGUGUGGACAACAGCACAGCCAUGCUGAGGGAGUGGCUGAAGCAGGCUCAGGACCAGUACCACUAUGUGGAGUGGAGACCUAUGGAGGAGCCCAAGUCCUAUACUGAUGAGUGGGGGCCCAAGCACUGGCCUCCGUCCCGCUUCAACCAUGUGAUGAAACUGAGGCAGGCUGCUCUUAAGGCAGCACGGGAACGCUGGGCAGAUUACAUACUGUUUGCAGACGGUGAUAACCUGCUGACCAACCCAAAGAUUCUCAACCUGCUCAUGGCUGAGAACCUGACUCUGGUAGCUCCCAUGCUAGAGUCACGCUCUCUCUACUCUAACUUCUGGUGUGGCAUCACCCCACAGGGUUACUACAAACGUACCCCUGACUACCAGCCAAUCAGGGAGUGGAAGCGUCUGGGUUGCUUCGCUGUACCCAUGGUGCACUCUACCUUCCUGCUGGACCUGAGGCGUGGCGCCAGCAGGGAGCUGGCCUUCUACCCCCCUCACCCUGACUACAGCUGGGCCUUCGAUGACAUCAUGGUGUUCUCCUUCUCUGCCCGGCAGGCAGAUGUGCAGAUGUACGUGUGUAACAGAGAGCACUAUGGCUUCCUACCGGUUCCUCUGAAGGCCUCGCAGAAUGUUGACGAUGAGAAGGAGAGCUUCACACACACCAUCGCUGAGGCCAUGAUUGAUCACAACAUAGCACCCUCAGAGUACAUGUACAAUCCUGAGAUGCCGCAGGACAAGAUGGGCUUUGAUGAGAUAUUCCUGAUUAAUCUGAAACGUCGUCUGGACAGGAGACAGAGGAUGUUGAGCACCAUGACCUCUCUGGGUCUGCAGGCCACCAUCACUGACGCAGUGGACGGCAAGGCUCUGAACUCUUCUCAGCUGCAGGCAUUGGGUAUAGAGAUGAUUCCAGGUUAUCAGGACCCGUACUCUGGCCGUGUUCUAACCAGAGGAGAGAUAGGCUGCUUCCUCAGCCACCACUCCACCUGGGUACAGAUGGCGGAGCGUGGUCUUUCCAAGGUGCUAGUGCUGGAGGAUGAUGUGCGCUUUGAGCCCAGGUUUAAGAGGCGAAUGAUGACCAUCAUAGAGGAAGUAGAGAAGACCCAGCUGGACUGGGAUCUCAUCUAUGUUGGGCGUAAGCGUAUGCAGGUGCACCAACCGGAGCGUUCAGUGGAAGGGGUUAAUAACCUGGUGGAGGCUGACUACUCUUAUUGGACGCUGGGCUAUGCCCUGUCAGCGCAGGGUGCCAGGAAGCUGCUGGCUGCUCAGGCCUUCAGCAAGAUGCUACCUGUCGAUGAGUUCCUCCCUGUCAUGUUCAACAAACACCCCAAUUCUGACUUCAUGUCUCACUUUGAGCCUCGGGACCUGAAGGCCUUCUCUGUGGAGCCCCUCCUCCUGUACCCCACCCACUACACGGGCGAGCCGGGCUACGUGAGUGACACGGAGACCUCCACCAUCUGGGACGACGAGGCCACCGCCACCGACUGGGACCGCCUGCACCAGCAUGCCAGGAAGACAGAGCAGCAAGGCCGCAUCCACACCGUGGCUCAGAACAGUGUGACGGGUGACUCACCUCCGCCUGCCGCCCGCUCCACACGUGAUGAACUCUGAGAAGGAAGAGAGAGAGACUUGUAGACGUGCUUUUGCACGGACACACACAUGGACAUACACACGGACACACACAAGGACAUACACAUUCACACACUCAUGUGCAUGCACGCACGCAUGCACUCUCUCUCUCUCUCUAUUCACACACUCAUGUGCAUGCACGCACGCAUGAACUCUCUCUCUCUCUCUCUCUAUUCACACACUCAUGUGCAUGCACGCACGCAUGCACUCUCUCUCUCUCACACACACACACACAUACACACACACACACACACACACACACACACACACACACACACACACACACAACUGGAUACACAGUCAACUACUCUGCUCAGUGCGUUUUCUCAUUGGCUAUCUGCUGUCUACUAGCAUAUUAGCAGGCUGAGAUGUGAAUCCCAUUGGAUGCCUGAUGAGUGGUGGAGUGGUCUGUGCACUGAGAAAGUGGGCCCAGGACCUCAGAUGUAUUUAUUCCCCUUGCGCUCUACAGUCUGACACACACACACACACACACCCACACCCCAAACACAUACACACACACACACAGUCAGAGAGAGACCUUGAAGAGACUCAGAGAGAAGGACUGGGGGGACCUGAACACCCACACCAUGCAGGGACGAUGUGAGAGAGACAGAGACUGGACGACCUGAGACUGCAACAUGUGGAAGACAGAUAUUGCUGUUUGCAGUACAGAGAUAAAACUCACAAACCAAUGUUUAUUGUAUUGUUAAAAAAAGGAUGAUUAUUGUAAUUUAAAAAUAUCAUGUGAUUUAUGGGCAGCCCAGGGAAUAAAGGAAUCUUACAGCUGUCUGAAAUGA